AUGCCUGGUAUGGACAAGCCAGUAGCAUUCGGCAGCCAUGGCACAGGUAAUAUAUUCGAUCAGUCUAUCAGCUUAAUCUCCAGAGAGACCAGAAUCAGGUCCAAAAGAAGUGCUAGCAUCGCAAAGGGCUGGAGAGAAUGGGCGUGCCUAUCGAAGAAGUGCUCAUCAUGGAUGAUAGAGGCUGAGCGCCUUGGGAAGGCGGGAGCAGCAGAGAAAGUGGAGGUAGCGCGCCAGCUUAUGAAGGCAGGCAAGCUUUGCCAGGCCGUUGAACUUCACAUACAGGCUCAGUGCAAGGAACAGGGGGCGUCCAAGGGCGGCGAUAUCGGGGAUGGUCUCGCUGUUAUGGCUGCGAGCUAUCUUGAGGCCCUGGAAGAGGACUGUCAAGACUCUGAUAAGCUUAUGGAAGCCCUGACCCACCUGUUUGGGCAAAUCAGCCGUGGCGGGGAAUCUUGUAGCUAUGAGAAGUCCCGUCGAAAGGUCUUGAAUAUCAUGAUGCGCAAGAUUGAUAUUGUGGUAAACCAAUCCACUGACCAUGCCCGAGAUGUUGCGGCGAGAGUUUCCAGAUACCUUAUCAUCAACGAGGCGACUUUCUUUCAUCAUCCGGAAUGGUUGUUUGUCUUGACAAAACUUCUUUGA